UACAUUACUUCAUUUUGAGUAUUCCUUCACUUAUUACUAGUAUUUAUUAUUAUGUCUCGUUAUUUUCUAGUUUAUGCGACACAUACAUUAUGUUUUAUUUAUUCUAAAAGAUUUAAUUCUUAAUGAGAUUAUUUUUAAUCUCAUGAUAAAUGUGUUUAGCUUAUUUUAAAUUAUAAAUUUCGAAGUCUUUUAUUUAUUCUAAAUUUCGUAUUAAUUGAAUCAAGCCUCAUAAUAAAAACAGGAAUGGAAGAGUACUAGUAGGUUUGUAAUUAAUUCUGGAUGGUGGGUCUAUAAAUUGGAGUUGGACAAUGCCUCAAUUGCACCAUCAAAGAGUAGAGAGUUGAGAGUGGAAGCUAAGUUUGAAAUGAAGAGUAGCCUUGUCCUAUUUCUUUCAAUUGCACUGUUUCUUCCCUUAGCCUUAUCAUCUACUUUUUCUUCAGAUCUCCUCCUUCCCUCUGAACAAUAUUCCAGCAGUAACGCAUAUCCUUCAAUACUUGACACUGAUGGAAAUCCAAUCAGAGCAGGUGUCAAAUACUUUGUGCUACCAUCUAUUAGGGGCAUGGGAGGUGGCCUUAGUGUGUCUAGAGUUGUUGACAAAAGUUUGAAAGUUUGCCCACAGGACGUUGUCCAAAUCCCCAAUGAAGUUAGCCAUGGCCAUCCUGUGGAAUUCUUUCCUGCAUACCCAGGAAAAACUGGUCAAGUCAUUCUAGUUAACAAUCCCAUAAAUGUUAAGUUCAACUCCAGUGAGACAUCACCCUGUGCCAAUUUUACUGUGUGGAAGAUGGACAAGAAGUAUAAAUAUGUCGUAGCUCGGGGUACACUAGGUGCUUUAAACAAGAUAAGGAACUGGUUCAGGAUUGUGCCAUAUGGAAAACACUACAGGUUUGUCUACUGUCCUACACUGUGUAUUCCUUGCAAGAUUAAGUGUGCUGACUUGUUCAUUUCUUAUGAGGAGCAAGGUAAUGUUGACUUUAGACGUUUAGCUGCCUCAGGCAAUGAAUUGCCAUUUUCUGUUAUGUUCAAGAAGGCAGAUUUAGAGUGAACAUGUUGCUCUUAUUAAUUGUUGUACUAAGUCUUUUCUUCCCUCCUAUUGUUGUAUUAAGUGUACUAGUUAAAAAGAAAACCUAUGUCUAUCAUCAUCAUGGCUGGGUACGUACGUCGCAAUAAUAAAGAUCAAAGUCCUUUUGGAUUGUUA